AUGGCUGGCGACUCUCGAAACGGAAGCAGAAUGGGGAGGAGACCAUCACCUCCAUUCUCCGUCCGCCUUCUGGAGCACAAGGACGAACAAGGCCCUGACGCGUCUCGGUGCGAAAGGAAUUGGCUCCAGUCACUCUUGCCCGCGUCGUAUCGUACCGAGUCCGACGAUCUAGCCGCGCCAGCUCGCCAUGUCCAGACUUGCAUCGAAAAUGAGCUUGACCUCCGCCGGCUGACUACCAUUCACGGCUGGCUUUGGCUCGCCGGCCGGCCUAUGCCGCCGCGUCCGCUACACUACCAGUUGCUAGUGGGCAGAAAAAUCACCAUCACGGAGCAGAUGGACAUGCAUCUCGUCUGGAUGACGGGCCACAUAUUCCUUAAACCCAUGCCGCGGUUCCUGCUCGAGCCGCAAUUCUGGCACGAGUACCUCUCCUGUGGGCAAGAGUGCGAAUGCUCGGACGCGGACGCCGGCUUCCAUGGCACUGCCUACGCGUGCGGGCCGACAGUGCUUGCCCGGCGUGCGCUUGGCUUCCUCUUCUCUUACGCUGCGCUUAUUUCCCACGAGAGUGACUUCCUGAUUGCUAAGGAUAAGCGCCUGCUUCCGACAGAAGUUCGGUGGCCUAGCUGGAGGGUCUUUGUCGAGGAGCUCCAUACGGAGUACAUCUACCCUAGCAUCGACUCGCGCUUCUACUACGGAGAGCUUCGUCUGAGUCGGCUGAACAAGAUAUAUUACCUCUGGUGGACACCACUGCGCGGCUACAAGCCUCGCUGGGAUCAGUACGGCGUCUUCUUCCGGGAAAAUUUUGCCUGGCUAGCCGCGGCGACGGUCUACAUCGCUGUUGUCUUGGCUGCCAUGCGGGUCGGGCUCGCCACGAAGUCCCUCGCCAGCAACGACGCUUUCCAGUCUGCGUCGUACGGCUUCACCGUCUUCUCCAUUCUGGGACCUCUUGUUGUCGCCGGGCUUAUCAUCUUGGCCUUUUGUUACACUUUUGUUUAUAGCUGGGUCGUGACCUUUAGGUACAGGAAGAGACGGCUCCAAAACAUCUCCGGUCACUCUAGAUAG